GGUCGUCCGUGGGCAGCCCUUGACUCCGUCGCGCGUGGGGCUGCGCCGAGGCUGCGUCGAGGGCUUUUUCUGGCGCAGGCCGUCGUUGGAUUCCGGGCGGCUUCCUGUUCCAAAAGCAUCUUGAGAGCUAGUGGCCUUAAGACGCUAGCAAGCAGCCUGCGCUCCCAGCUCCUGUCGCGCCGCACAGCUGCCCUUACCGGCACCGGGCAGCCGCAGUGCUCUCUCGCGCACCGCGCGCGUGCCGCCGGCGCGCCGCAACCCAUCCAUGCGCCGUCAUGAGAGCAUAGGAUGAGAGGACUGCUCCUGCUCGUCGCGGCGCGGGCCGCCGAGGCGUCGUCCGAGGCCGCCGUCCUGCUCGUGGGCGCGGCCUACGACGUCGACGAGGCGCGCCUGCGGGCGACGAAGAAGUUUGUUGUGGACGCGUUUGGCGCCUCCGAGACGCUCGUGUUGCUCAAGGGCGUGCACUACAACAAAAACAUAUACAAUGAGGCGGAGGUGCGGGCGUUACGGGACGUGGUGGCGGCCACCCUGGAACCUUCAUUCAUAGACAUCCGGCCCGGCGCCGAGCUUACCCAUGGCUACGCGCGGAACGCCAGUCGAAUAGGCAAGUGCAUUUGGUCACGAGAAACAUCUUGCCUCUACCGCCACUCGUCUUCCCGGGAUCCGUUGGAGGUGCGGAUAGAGGCGUGGUGGGGCGUGCUCCAGGCGGCCUAUGGUGCGCUGACGAAGCGCGAAUCAAUACGGGGGAAGGCCUUCGACCGGGUCGCGUGCGUACGCGCGGAUAUUGAGUUUACGUCACCUAUACGUCAUUCCACGAACCUGGAGCCGCGGUACGUCUACGCGGCGAGCGACCCGCCCGACGCCGUCUUCCUCUUCGGGAGCCGGAAGAGCGCGGAACGGGUCCUCACGACGUACGCGCGCGUCGACGCGCUCGCCCGGGACGGGAAAUGCGCGGCCCUCGACCGCGCGCGGUUCAUGUACAGCUGGUUCCUGUCCUGCUACGCCGUGAAGGAACUUUAUGGACAAGGCGUGCGCAUCGUCGCGGACCCCCAGAUCCACGGCAAAAUACGGCUCCACACGGGCGGCGGCACGCCGGGCAUUCACCUGCUCGAGGCGCACCCGCCCUUCACGGCCACGAGGUUCCUGGACUCCGAGGCGUACGACGCGUCGAUCCACGCGCCGCCGGACGACGGCUUCUCUUCGGAGUUGAAGUGCCACGGGUCCAACCGGCGCUCGAAUGGCUACUGCGGGCCCUGGCGCUACGCUCAUUCUCAUUAAUAGUUUUGUGUCACAUUCAAUUAGAU